CUAGAGAGAAGGGGGGGGAAGGGAGAAAUUUAACCGGCGGUGCACUAACAACGCAUUUCAUUUCAGGCAUGAUGGUUUCCAGGGAAUUUUUCAGAAGAAUUGCAGAUUUCAAACGAGUAGAACGCAAUCGCCGGGUUGGGGAGAUGCUUCUAAGAACACCAGAACCAGAUGGUGGUCCAGAAAUCGUUACCAAGGUCCUUUUAGAAGCAAUUCCGGCGUUUCAAUUUUGAUUGAAAGCAAGGUAUUUGAAUUCCAGGCCUCAGACAACCUUAUAAUUUCUGAAUCCAAGAAUGGUAUGUCUAGAUUUCUUUCUAUCUCGCGUUCUACUGCUCUUUGGCUUUCUGAGACCCUAAGCCACCAACCUUUGGCUAGAGAGGGUUGGGUUAUUUCAAAAUUUGAAGGGCCUGUGUCGGCAAAGUCCCACUGGGACUCAAACCAUUUUGGAUCUUUCGUUAGAAUCAGCGGAGGAACCGAUGGGGAUAUAGCUAAUAUUUGCAUCCCAGUGGGACGGCAAUUAGAAGGCAUUAGGCUUUUUGUAAAAGCACUGAAUGCAGCUCUAAAAAUCCUGGAAGGGUAUGAAUCUGCUGAAAAGGUUCCCAUGAGAGAAGAAGCUUCAAUUUCUCAAGAUUUAAUAGACCAGAUAUUCCGGGUGGAGAGGAUAGAGGAUGAGCAACUGAGGUUCCCUUCCAUAUCCUCAAAUCUACUGGAACAAGAUGUUUUGCAGGGUUCUAGGAUGCCUAGCCUCACAGAACAGGGGAAAAAUGCAGAUUCACAAGAGACUAAGGAAGAUGGAGAUGAAGAAAAGAAACUCCAAAAGUUAUUUCAACCAGCUUUUGAGGCCUAUUUUGAAACAAUAUUCAGGGCAGUGGAAAGCCAGAUUCAAGAGGCUUUGGCGAAGACAUCACUACUGGAUCAACUCAAAAUGGGACUUUUUCAAAAUAUGUCGGGGAAGACACUUAGAGCAACACGAGAGACGGUGAAAAGCAUGGAAAAAGUGACCCUUGUCCAAUUCGAAGAUUCUAAAUAUCCAGCAUUCAUUUCUUGUUCCAAAGCUGAUGAAAGGCUUGUGGCAGAUUUUCUAACGGGGGAUCAGGCUGAAGAGUCACAAACUUCAAUUGGUUAAAGUUUCGAACCUAUUGUCUAAUUUCUUUUAUGCAUUCAAGGGGAAAGGAAAAAGAAGUCCUUGGUAUUUGCUUUAACUUUUUUCUGUCUUAAGUAGCUCAGGGGAGGGUCACAUGUAGCUGGUUACUCUUGCACCAUUUCCAGGGUUUAGAGAUUGGGUUUUCAAGGUUUAUUUGAAGCUAAGGCGUUCUGUCUCAAAGUGUGCCUAACGGUUCUGGUUAGAGAAUGGGCUUCAGAGUUGGAGCAAUUAAUCCAACAGUAAACAGGAGCUUGUUUCUACAUAAAAUGUUACUGCUGGUGCUACUUAAUUUCUGCAGCAACGUUCAUCACUUGUACUAGCAGGUCCCAGCUUUGCUUUCAAGUUUUUUGACUUUUUCCUUUAUAGACUGCAAAAAAUGUUGAAUGGACGGUACUUUUGGUGGGAUCUUUGGGUAUAAUUAUAAACUACACAAGGUGUGAAUGGAUGCACACGGCGAAUUGGUUGCAGUUGGAUGGGUGCAUAUUCAGCUACUCAUUUAUGAUUUGUAUCUGGCAGCUUAUCCCUUUUAGUUUUGUUUCUUGGCAGCUUCCUCUUGUAUUCCCUUUUUUGGUUUGGUUUUUCUUUUGGCUUGUUGUCGGGCUGGCCACUCCUCUUAUCCUUUCUCUUUUUCUUUUAAUAAAACUUUUCUUUAAUA